CCCUUGUGGUUUGUUCUUUUUCCAUAUUUCUUUUUAAAACUUUUACAUAUUUAUAACUUGUAUUAAUUAUAUAGGCCAAAGUCUCCAUUUCACUCUUUCAAGUUCACACCCCUAUUAGUCAUUUGUCUUCCUCCUAUAUAAAUUCACAUACCACAGUCCUAUCUCUCAUUCUUAACCAGCUAUAUCUCAAGAAAGCACUAAAGAUGUCUAAAGUUACCUCUCUGAUCAUGAUAGUCCUCCUCCUUUGCUUCACCCUAUCCUACGCAGCCCGGCCUGAGCCAACAAAGCUCCCUGAGGUCACUCCGGCAAACACUCAACGCGUUGUUGAAGCUCAGAAGUUUGAGGUGGCAGAUGAGAGCUGUGAAGGAGUUGGGGAUGAAGAGUGCUUAAUGAGAAGGACUUUGGCUGCUCAUAUUGACUAUAUUUAUACCCAAAAGCAGAAGCCAUAGACUUUUUAUUUAUUUUUAUAUGUUUAUUUUCUUGUUUGGUUUGUAAGAUAUGUUCUGUUUGGCUGUGGGUUAUUUACUAACUAGUUUUCACUGGAUUACCAAUCUUGUUAUCGUUGUGAGGUUUAUCAGAUGAGAUGAACUCAUGUACUGGAUUUUGAAUAUCUUUGCUUUAUGUUUUGAACAAAAAUAUAUUAUGUAGUUCAUUUUGAAUAUAUAUAUAUCCUUGCCUUUCCCUUUGUA